AUGGACUUCGCGGCCCCAUCCAAAGCCCCCUCCACCAAACAAGCCUGUGAUAACUGUCGCCGUCGCAAAAUAAAAUGCUCUCGCGACCUUCCCUGCGAUAAAUGCCAGCGCCUACUGCUAUCGUGCUCCUACAGCGAUGUUUUACGUCGCAAGGGCCCCAAAUUCCGUACUUCCUACACCCUCGCGCUGAUCCACCCGGUCCCCGCACGAGGCGAUACCGCAACUCCAUACCAAGUCUGCAGCGCAGCGGACAAAUUCGCUGAUCAAUCGGGCUUUAGGAUAAGCUCCCCCACUUCAUCGCCUUUGCAAUCAACGAUGCACCCUUUGCGUCAAAUUAUCUCUCCGUCUCGUUCCCAACUCCCUCCAUCGGAGCAGGGCUCAUCGCCAGACUCAACGGAUAUCAAUACGGUUGAUUCCUCGGCGUAUGGGCCCAUAAUCCCUCCGCGGAUAGCUCGCCUGUCAUCGCAUAUUCUGCUCGUACAUGUCAACGUAUAUUUGAAAUACUUGUUUCCCAUCAUGCCCGUCGUGCGGGGUGAUCAACUCCGUCACGAUUGUCACCAGUCUGAGCUACUCUUGCCGCAAAGAUAUGCUUUUCUAGCAGCGUUAUGCGCGGCAACGCAUAUUCAACUCAAGCUAGACGGCACAACUGCACUGUUUGGGGGAUGGAAUGCGCUUGUCUCGGCAGAGAAGUUGCUUGAGGAAGCUGUACGGGCACGGCGGGAAUGCGACGUGGUGGAGGAUAUCAGUAUUGAGAAUCUUCUCACGUCGUUCUUCUUGUUCGCCUCGUACUGCAAUUUGGAUAAACAGACACAUGCGUGGUUUUAUCUAUGUCAGGCGACUUCGAUGGUCUUUACACUGGGCUUACAUAGAGAGACAACGUAUGCAGACUUGCCAGUGGAAGAAGCUGAAGAGAGAAGACGUGUAUUUUGGCUUCUCUUUAUCACAGAAAGAGGUUACGCCUUCCAACAAUCAAAACCGGUGAUGCUCCGCAGCUCCAUUCACAAACCACAAGUGCUCUGUUCUGAAGACCCAAUUCUAGCAGAUGGCUUCAUCAACUUGAUCAAUAUCUAUGAAGAACUCACCGCAAAUCUUAGCGGCGAGGGAAUUGUUAAUGCGCGCCAACACCAGUCAUCAAAUGCAGUCUAUGUAAGCCGAACACACUGGAUGGAGCCCUUGAAAUCCAACAAUAGAUAUCCUCAUCAUGCAACAAUGGCUCCAAACCAUUAUGUGGAAAUUAUUCAUGAGCCAUAUGGCACCGUCUGGAUCAAAAGAUGA